AUGCAGUCAGCCCAGUCAACGACCGCCGUGGGUGGCCUGCCACGGAGCACAACCAAGACCAAGACGUUGCCUCAUAUGUCUCGAGAUGAGGUUGAAGCAAUGAUAGCUAAUGGACGCAAAAUCAUCCUUGUAGACGAUUUCGUCCUCAAAGUUGAUGCUUGGCUAAAAUACCACCCUGGCGGCGAGAUUUCCAUUCUGCACAUGGUAGGAAGAGAUGCCACUGAUGAAGUCAAAGCGCUGCAUUCGAAGGAAGCCAUCCAGCAAAUGCAACGAUACCGCAUUGGCCGCAUUCGAUCUCCUUGGAAGAACUUCCGACCCCCAAUUCAAGGAGGUGUCUUCCGAUCCGCGGGCGAAAUGGAUGAGCCACACGAUGGAUCGACCAACUCGAAGGGAUCAAGUUCAAGCGGAUUAUCCCGACCGCCAUCACCAGUUUUCGACGCGGAUGGGCCAUCUGUUAAGCACAGACACACGUCCCGCGCGAAGCGAUCUGCCUCGGUCUCGUCUGAGUCAACCGUUGAUCUCGAAAUGGAUGGGAUGUCAUACCUUGAUGUCCUGACGCGUGAGCACAUCAGUUUGGACCUGGAAAAGUACCCACAACCCGAUGUCGCAACGCAGGCCCAUGUUAUUGUAAAAUACCGGGCCCUGUACCAACGAUUGAUGGAUGAGGGCUACAUGAUCACAAGCAAGUCCGCUUAUGCAAUCGAAUGCUGCAGGUAUCUGGCGCUUUUCUGCGGCUCGUUGAUAUGUUUGAAAUACGGCCAAUAUGCCUUGGGUGGCCUGAGCCUGGGCUUGAUGUGGCAUCAGCUGGUCUUCACUGCUCAUGAUGCUGGCCAUAUUGGCAUCACGCACAACUACCAGGCUGAUUCCUUGCUCGGAAUUCUUAUUGCAGACUAUAUCGGUGGGCUUUCGAUGGGUUGGUGGAAGAGCAAUCAUAAUGUUCACCACAUUGUGACCAAUGCCCCUGAGCACGAUCCCGAUAUCGAGCAUAUGCCACUUUUUGCAGUCUCGCAUCGCCUUUUGGCUAGUCUACGCUCGACCUAUUACGACCGAAUUAUGACAUACGAUGCUGCUGCCAGGUUUCUCCUACGAAUCCAGGCUUGGACAUACUAUCCUUUCCUAGCUCUCGGGCGAUUUAACCUCUAUGUUUUAUCUUGGCAAUUUCUCCUCACCGGCCGCGGCCCAAAGAAAGGCAUCUCUGCAUGGCAUCGUUGGGUGGAGCUUGCCGGACAAGUGUUUUUCUGGUACUGGUUCGGAUACCUUAUGGUCUACAAGUCUAUUCCUGACGGAUGGUCACGAUUCACAUUCGUCAUGAUCAGCCACAUCGCUUCGUCGCCGCUGCACGUGCAAAUCGUUUUAUCCCACUUCGCCAUGAGUACCGCCGACCUAGGACCGCAGGAGUCUUUCCCACAACGUAUGCUUCGAACCACUAUGGAUGUAGACUGCCCCCCUUGGCUGGACUUCGUCCAUGGUGGCUUGCAGUUCCAAGCCAUUCAUCACAUGUUCCCUAGAAUGCCUCGCCACAAUCUUCGAAAGGCGCAGAAGCUUGUUAUUGAAUUUUGCAACGAAGUGGGCAUCCCGUAUGCCUAUUAUGGGUUUGCUGAUGGCAACAAGCAAGUCAUUGGCCGGCUUGCGGAGGUCUCCCAACAAGCAGCCAUUUUCUCGAAGUGCCAACAGUCGAUUGUACAGAGCGGCGACUUUUACGGCCACACACAUUAG